AUGGGAACUCAAGCAACAGACACUCAAGCAACAGAAACUCAUGCAAUGUUAACUCAAGCAAUGUUAACUCAAGCAAUGGUAACCCGAGCAACAGAAACACACGCAGCAGAAGCUCAAGUAACGGGAAUUCAAGCAAUGGGAACUCAAUCAACAGGGACUCCAGCAGCAGAAUCUCAAGUAACGGGAAUUCAAGCAAUGGGAACUCAAUCAACAGGGACUCAAGAAACAGAAACUCGAGCAAUGGGAACUCAAGCAACAGACACUAAAUUAACAGAAACUCAGGCAAUGUUAACUCAAGCAAUGUUAACUCAAGCAAUGGGAACUCAAGCAACAGAAACUCAAGCAACAGAAGCUCAAGUAACGGGAAUUCAAGCAAUGGGAACUCAAGCACAAUAUCUCAAGCAGCAGAAGCUCAAAGACUCAAGCAACAGAAACUCGAGCAAUGGGAACUCAAGCAACAGUCACUCAAGCAACAGAAACUCAGGCAAUGUUAACUCAAGCAAUGUUAACUCAAGCAAUGGGAACUCGAGCAACAGAAACUCAAGCAACAGAAGCCCAAGGACUCAAGCAACAGAAACUCGAGCAAUGGGAACUCAAGCAACAGGAACUCAAGCAGCAGAAGCUCAAGUAACGGGAAUUCAAGCAAUGGGAACUCAAUCAACAGGGUCUCAAGCAACAGAAACUCGAGCAAUGGGAACUCAAGCAAAAGGAACUCAAGCAGCAGAAGCCCAAGUAACGGGAAUUCAAGCAAUGGGAACUCAAUCAACAGGGACUCAAGCAACAGAAACUCGAGCAAUGGGAACUCAAGCAACAGGAACUCAAGCAGCAGAAGCUCAAGUAACGGGAAUUCAAGCAAUGGGAACUCAAUCAACAGGGACUCAGGCAACAAAAUCUCGAGCAAUGGGAACUCAAGCAACAGACACACAAGCAACAGAAACUCAGGCAAUGUUAACUCAAGCAAUGUUAACUCAAGCAAUGGGAACUCGAGCAACAGAAACUCAAGCAACAGAAGCGCAAGUAACGGGAAUUCAAGCAAUGGGAACUCAAUCAACAGGGUAUCAUGCAAAAGAAACUCGAUCAAUGGAAACUCAAGGAACAGAGACUCAAGCAACAGAAACUAAGGCAAUGUUAACUCAAGCAAUUUUAACUCAAGCAAUGGGAACUCAAUCAACAGAAACUCAAGCAACAGAAGCUCAAGUAAUGGGAAUUCAAGCAAUGGGAACUCAAGCAACAGGGACUCAAGCAACAGAAACUCGAGCAAUGGGAACUCAAGCAACAGGAACUCAAGCAGCAGAAGCUCAAGGACUCAAGCAACAGAAACUCGAGCAAUGGGAACUCAAUCAACAGGAACUCAAGCAGCAUAAGCUCAAGGACUCAAGCAACAGAAACUCGAGCAAUGGGAACUUAAGCAACAGACACUCAAGCAACAGAAACUCAGGCAAUGUUAACCCAAGCAAUGUUAACUCAAGCAAUGGGAACUCGAGCAACAGAAACUCAAACAACAGAAGCUCAAGUAACGGGAAUUCAAGCAAUGGGAACUCAAUCAACAUUGACUCAAGCAACAGAAAGUCGAGCAAUGGGAACUCAAGCAACAGACACUCAAGCAACAGAAACUAA